UUGGUCUCGUUUGGUCCUCUGUCCUACCCGUAGUUCCAGGCUUUCAAUACGGAAGCAGAUGUGAAUAGCUAUAGCAUUAAGUGGUGUUUUAGUGUUUUUAUUCCUAAUUAGAACUACAACUAUAUAACAAAGACAGUCCAUUAAAUACCGAGAUACGUGGCUCUGUGUGGCUUAUGUUGUGUUUGACAGCGCGUCUAUCAGAAAUGGGCUUCCCGUUUUCAUAUUUGGGUGAACUCUGUGGAAAGCGUCAUGUCAGUUGCUAGCUAGCAAGUUUCAGCACUACUUUACUCGUUCCUAAAGUGUCCUUCAACCGGCAAAAUGAAGGUACGUUCGUCUGUUUUUGCCUCGUUUAUUUUAAUAUUUGAAGUGAUUGGCAUUGCUCUUUUCCUGCGGGGAUUUUUCCCUGUACCUGUCAAGUCUUCAUUCUCAUCCAAGAGCACACUGUCAGAUCUGCCAGCGGAGCCGCUGACAGGGGGUUCCUCAAAUUCAUCACGCAUCCCUCAGCCCUUGUUUAAAAGGGUGGUUAUAAUGUUAGUGGAUGCCCUGCGGGAGGACUUUGUGUUUGGACCUAAUGGUCGCAUGUAUAUGCCCUACACCAGACACCUGGUGGAAAGAGGCUCUUCACACAGCUUUGUGGCCAAGGCGAGGCCUCCAACAGUCACCAUGCCCAGGAUCAAGGCUCUUACCACUGGCAGUAUCCCAGGCUUCAUUGAUGUGGUCAUGAACCUAAAUUCUCCUGCACUGCUGGAAGACAACCUUAUUUGGCAGGCCAAAACAGCGGGGAAGAGGAUCGUCUUCUACGGAGAUGACACCUGGGUGCGCCUCUUCCCCAAGCACUUCAUGGAGUAUGAUGGCACAACCUCCUUCUUUGUUUCUGACUACACUGAGGUUGACAACAACGUGACCCGUCAUUUGGAUAGCACCCUUAAAAGAGACGACUGGGACAUUUUGAUCCUCCACUACCUAGGCCUGGACCACAUUGGUCAUAUCAGUGGACCCCACAGUUCACUCAUCCAACCCAAACUCCUGGAGAUGGAUGACAUCCUGAAGAAGAUUCACAGUGCCCUCAUUUCAAAGGAGGCAGAGGGAUCCUUGCCCUACCUGCUGGUGUUGUGUGGAGACCAUGGCAUGUCAGAGACCGGCAGCCACGGAGGCUCAUCAGAGCCGGAAGUCAAUACGCCCCUGGUGCUCAUAAGUCCUGCCUUCAAGAGAAAAGUGGCAAUGGAGAAGCCUGGAGUGGUGGAGCAGGUUGACCUGACUCCAACCCUGGCCCUGGGACUUGGUCUGCCCAUAUCUCAGAACAGCGUGGGCCGGAUCAUCCCGGGUGUCUUGGAGGAAACCUCACUCCGAGACCAGCUGCGCUUCCUGCAUCUCAAUGGCCACCAGCUCAGCUGCCUGCUCAGAGACAGCAUAGCCAACUACGAGAAAGAUGCUGGCUUUGAGAAGUUCCGUGUGGCAGAAAAAGCUCAUGGGAGCUGGAUGAAGCUCUAUCUGGAGGGUAACACCUCCGAGGUGCUGUCCAACAUGGGCAAGAAGGUCCUGAAGCAGUAUCUGGAGGCCCUGGCCGCCAUGAGCUUGGCUCUCAGCAAACAGCUGGGCAAGUACGACAUGUACUCCAUGGUCACAGGCAUGGUGUUUGUGUUUCAGCUCCUGUUGGUUUUACUGCUGGCGAUGCCUGAAGCCCUCAGCGGUGUAGCAGCAGUGGACCUCCCAGUCCUCUCCACAUUGCUCUCCCUACCUUUUUACCUUCUGUGCCUGCUGCUCGCUUCAGUGCAUGUCCUGGUGUGCACAUCUGCUGAGAGCUCCUGUUACUUUUGCAGCCUCUCCUGGGGUCUCGUGUUCGCUGCUGUUGCCUUCUCUUCAGGAAUGUUUUGUAUUCUUGUUUCCAUGGCAACGCAGCGACUUCCCCUGGGACAAAAGAUUCACGGGAAGUCCCCAUCAAGGUGCAGUGUCAGUGAGUGGUCGCUGUCAGAGUUGGAUGUGUUGCUGCUCGCUGGCACAGUUGGGCACACUCUCAGCUUGGCGGCCAGCAGCUUCGUAGAGGAAGAGCAUCAAACUUGGUACUUUCUGCUCAGCACCCUCUGCCUCGCCGUCUUCCAGGAUGUCUGCCGCAAGUACUUCAGAGAGCAGAGUGGCUCUGGAGAAGAAGAAGAGCACAUCCUCCCUUCCAAAGACUCUCAUUCCUCAGCUUAUCCUAAGGCAGAGAUUUGCUCAGAGAAGUGGCUAGCAUUGGCCACACCGCCCUUCACUCUCUUGUGCUGCCGGCUGCUGCGCUCCCUCAACCAGACUGGGGUGCAGUGGGCUCAUCUCCCUGAUGUUGGACAUUGGCUUAACAGCUCUGAACACAGGCUGGUCCUCUCCCUGUUGGCUGCCUUCUGUUUGGUUCUUACCUACCUCCUGGUUCAAAGACGGUGCUCGUUGGUCUCCAAGGUCGCCCUCGCCUUUGGACUUGUGGGUGUCUACAGCUACCGGGCAGCGGUCGGCAGUGUCUUGUUUCCCUGGCAACACUCUGGCCGAACUAUGUCCAAGGGAACAGUGGAGGCCCGCUUUGUUUACGUCUUUGUUUUGGGCAUCCUCUUCACGGGCACCAAGGACCUGCUGCGAUCCCAGAUCAUCACUGCAGAUGCCAAAUUGAAGAGCAGGGGAUUAUGGGAGAUUUACAGCGGCUUGGUUUUGUUGGUUUCACUGCUGUUUCGUGCUCACAACCUGCCUGUGCUGUGCUGCUGCCUGUUGAUCCAGACACUCAUGGCUCAGUUCAUCUGGAAAAAACUUCACUAUGACGCAGCCCAGACCACUAUCAUGCACUACUGGUUUGGUCAGGCCUUCUUUUACUUUCAGGGUAAUUCCAACAACAUUGCCACUGUCGAUAUUUCAGUGGGCUUCGUUGGACUGGAAAGUUACGUAGAAGCACCUGCCAUCUUCUUAACAGCCCUUAGCACUUAUGCAGGGCCGCUGCUCUGGGCGUGUCACCUCAUCUGCUACCUCAGCUCAGAGACAGACAGGAGCCCGGUUGCAGUCGGCCAUGGUUGCUACUGUUUGGCCCUGCUGAGGUCUGUGCCAGCUGCAGCCUACAUUGUAUUGGUAACUGUUCUGCGCUACCAUCUCUUCAUAUGGAGCGUCUUUUCACCCAAAUUACUGUACGAGUCGAUGCACCUGCUGCUGACUGCAGGAGUCUGUCUCUUCUUCAGCACAAUGGAGCAAAGCCAGUAAGUGUUAGGGAGGAGCCAUAGACUGACCGUCUUCCCUUAUGGAAUACACAGAGGGUUGAACGCAGUCUGUUAUUACUGUAUGUAAGACACACUCACAUAUGCAUAUUCUCUCUCUCAUGUUCACAAUAUGUGAAUAGAUGCUUCAAAGAGAGACAGUGGACUCUGUACACCUGGUUUGCAAAAAACACUUUGCACUUAAUGUAUUUUUCUGAGUGCUUUAUUUAAUAUGUCAUUUUUCAAAGGAGAGAAUGUCUGAAGAUGAAUAAAAGUGAAAAGCUCUACGGAUCUCACUGGAAAGACAACAUUUUUACAUAUAUAUAUAGUGGAAAAUACCUCAGGGACCGGUGUUCGUUGAGCUGCUGAGCUGUGUAGGCAGCAGGGGGGAGUGUCACAUCGGUGUGUACGAUAUGGUCAUUGAGUGGCUUCAUUCACAUUUCCUGAUGUGUUUUGGUUAGCCAUGCUACUAACAUUACCUACUUUCUAUUACCAGCAAUUUCUACCACCAGUGUGUAGGCACUGAUAAAUUAAAAAGCAGAUUAACAUCCUAUAGCCCUUGCGCUCAUUGCACCACCCAAAAGUUUUCCACAAGGCCAGGCAGCAGACGUGUUACCACUGUUUUUGUAGCUAAAUCUAGUAAGCUAUGGCAGAGAAGGUACCCACAGCAGCUUUCGGUCGCAAACAGAAGAUAGUAUUCGAGAAAAUUACAACUAAAAAGAAGUUGGAUGCUGCAAGAAGUAAAACCAGAAUUAACAUUGGUGUGGCUUUUCA